AUGGUGACAAAUCUUGUCAAUGUUGACGCCAAGACGUACCGUGAUUACGUCCUGAACAAGGUCGUUCCCGUGAAAAUGGCGAAAUUUCCUAGUGUGGGUAAACGCGUCGUUUUACAGCUUAACAACGCAACUCCGCACUGUUCUAUUGACGACCGUGCACUUGCCCAAGUGUCUACUCAAAGGCUGACUUUCGUUGCCCAUCGGCAGCCGCCGAACAGUCCCGACUUGAGCUUUCUUGACCUUUGCAUCCUUGCAUCUAUCCAGACCCAACAGUACAAGAAGUUGAGCCGCACUGUGGAUGAUGCGAUUGCGUCGAAGAUGAUGGCGUUCAACUCGCUCGGCCUUGGAGAACGUGUUCCUUACUCUGCAAACCAAGACAGUUCCGACGAAGCCGCCAUGGCACUGUUGGUCGAAGACUGCGACGCCCAUACCGUCGAACACCACAUUGUAAUCGAUUCCGGCGCUUCGGUACACAUGACGGGCGCAGCCGACCACUUCACUCCGUCGACACUUACCUUAACCGACGUCCUGCUGAUCGAGGAAAUGACGUCGACGCUGUUGUCCGUUCCGGCCCUGAUGCAUGCCAACCCCAAGAUCCGCGUGGAAUUUCAGUGUGACGCAUGUAUCAUCCUCUUGGGUUCGAAGGCCGUGGCCCGUUCUACAGUCUGCAACGAUCAGCGAUUGUACAUCCUUGAAGGAGUGUUCACCCACGAAUCGACCAACUCAACCGCGACUGUCACCGAACAAACUGCCCUUUCGCACCACCGCAUCGGCCACUUACCCAUUGAAGCGCGUCGAACAUGCUCCAAAGCUGGCCUUGGACUGCCGAUACGAAUCACCGACAUGGACUGA